AUGCUCACAGGCCCAUCUGGAACUGGGCUUUUUUACCGUUCUGUUGAGUCCCGAUCUGAGUCGACUUUGCCUUCUCCGGAGAGUUCCUCUAAGUCCUCAGUUUCCAACGGCAUUGCCAGUGCACUUAAUUCAUGCAGUUCUGCUCUAAAUCUGGCAGCUACCGCUGGUUCGCCUGCAGUUGAAGACAGGCAUGUAUGUACUUCGGGCCAGGCGUGUACUACAGCGGCUCUACCACAGCCGCGACUCUUUUCUCUACCACUUGGGGGCUGCUCAGUGGAGGUUUCACUGAAUGCUGCGGUGGAUGCACUUAGCGCAGCCAACCUGUUGCCUUGUACUUCUACCCCUAUUUUCGGAGCUGAGAUCGGUUCUGGCUCAAUAAAGCCUAUCACUGACAUGAUUUCGCCAACUGGUGGAGAUAAGAAAAUUCCCAGUUUGGCAGGCACGGCUGUUUCGCCUUCGGCUCUUCGCGUUGGACUAUUAAGCCAUUUAGUCAAAGCGUCUUCGCUACAUGAAAAAGCGAUCAGUUCGGCUCAUUUCGCGUCAAUUCCUCUGGCUUCAACAACUGCUUCCUACUUGCCACCCUCUUCAUUUUAG